ACUUCGGUUUGCUGCAACAAUGAAGGUGCUACGAACCAUACCUCUUCCAUCGAGUUCUAACUUUCGCCUCUUCCGAUGCCCCCGUUAUCUGUACAAGCUGCAGCUUCAUUGCCGGUUCAAUCGCCCCCACAAGCCCUACUUCUGCAAAAGUAUCCGCGUCUUCUCAGAUAGGCUUGCAUUCAGUAAUAUCUGUUUGUGGUACUGGUAACCCUGUUCCACAAAUCUGUGUUGCUUGUUUUGGAUAGCCUGGUUUAGCCAUAGAAAAUGUUCAACGUCAUGGUGAUUCUCGAGCAAGUGGUCCUGAUGUUCGAACAGCAUGCCCUUGGGAAUGUCUCGUUUCCCAGACAACAAGUCCGCAAUUCUUCAAUCUUUGACCGGACCAGUGGAUUCCAGCAUGGGCUUCUGAAUGAACUGUUACGGGCUCACGUAUUCAAAAUCUUGUUCUUUAUCAUCUGUUUCUGGAUAAAAUUUAGUCUAUAGCUUUGAUUUCAUACCUGAACACUUCAAUUUCAUCAUUAGAAUCCUCAAGCCCUUCUCCAUUUCAACGUAUAGAUGUGCAGGUAUUUGUUAAAUACCAACCUCUACCUUUGUCCAACCUGCUUCAAUCACUUCUUCUUCCAUCCGAUUUUUGGUAAAAUCUUUCUAUGAAUUUGAUCAUUAGGUUGCCAAAUUCGAGCGGUAAAACAACUAUUAUGAUGAUUUUUUCUUUCCAACUAUUAUGAUGGUUGUGAAUCGACUCAUCCGCUCAGCCAAUGUAUUACUAGCUUAUUUUAUGAAGACUGAAAUCUAACUAUUUAGACUUCUUCAUAUAGCCAACUUUAUAAUAUCUUAUAUAAGGCCCAAAUUUAUGACUUAUUUAAAAAAAAUUUAUGUUAUUGCUUUGAUUAGUUUAGUAUAUCAAAAUCAUAUGGACUACUUGAAUAUUAAAGAAAAAUUAGUGAAGAAUCUACCAAAUGUUAUCAUCUCAGGACUAUAAUGAGAGCAAUUGUCUUAUUUUAUUUACAAUCAAUUGUACUUAAAACACUUAAUUGAUAAUGUAAAAAUGUACACGUCUAAAAUAUUCAAUAUGACUUGCAGAAAGAUUAUUUUUUAACUAUAUGAGACCAACUUUUUUUCUCUAAGCGGUUCCGGUGCCAGCGACAGGUUGCACAGACGAACACCACCACUCCCAAAACCCAAACUUUAUGAGAGAAAUUUUCCCAUGGUGGUUACCGCUUCUUCCAUCCGCGAACGUCUAAUCCGACAUGCCCUACGCCACAGAAACCCUACCAAAACCCUACCCCGCCGCCCCAGGGAUCCACCUCCCUCUUCCUCUAUACUCCACCACAUUGCCGCUGGCGACCUCCGCGCCUCCAUCACCGUCCUCCGCGCCACCCCUUCCUCCUUCCCAGCUUCCGUCUACUCUCGCCUCCUCCAUCUCUGCGCUUCACGCCGAGCCCUCGUCGCCGCUCGUUGCGUCGAAUCCCACAUUAUUUCCUCUUCCUUUCCCUCCCCACCUUCCACUUUCCUUCUUAACCGCGCCAUAGAGACUUAUGCUCUGUGCGGUUCCAUUUCCGAUGCACGCGAACUAUUCGACGAAAUGCCCCACCGGACUGGCGGUACCUGGAAUGCCAUGAUCUCUGCCUACGCUUCUGCUGGUUGCCCUUCUGACGCCAUUGCGCUCUUUGUCCGGAUGAAUGUGAGUGGUAUACGUCCAAAAGAUGUCACAUUUGCAUCAGUGCUCAGGUCGUGCUCCAGCCUUCUUGCAUUAACUCUUGCAAGGCAGGUACAUGGGCUCAUCUUGAAAUUUGGGUUCUGUGUGAAUGUGAUUCUGGGGACUUCACUUGUUGAUGUUUAUGGGAAAUGUCAGAUCAUGGAUGAAGCACAUAAGCAGUUUGACGAGAUUCCUGACCCGAACCCUGUUUCCUGGAAUGUAAUUGUUAGGAGGUAUCUUGAUUUUGGCCAAGCGGAGAAAGCUUUGUGUAUGUUCUUGAGGAUGAUCCACGUUGGAGUUAUACCUUUGAAUUUUACUGUUUCGAGUGCACUUGUUGCUUGUUCAGAUUCAUCGUGGCUUAGUGUAGGUUGCCAAAUCCAUGGAAUUGUUGUGAAGAACGGUUAUGAGACGGAUUAUAUCGUUGAGAAUUCAAUCAUGGAACUGUAUGCAAAGUGUGGGUGUAUUGAGGAUGCUCGGUGGAUCUUCAAUUGCUCUGUUUCCAGAGAUGUUGUAUCAUGGACCUCAAUGGUAUCUGGAUAUGCGAGCUGUGGAAGAUUAAAUGAAGCCGAGAAGCUGUUCUAUGAGAUGCCUGAGAGGAAUGUGGUCUCUUGGAAUGCAUUGCUUGCAGGAUAUGUGCAGUCUUUUAACUGGGAAAAGGCCUUUGAGUUCUUCCAUGAAAUGCAAAAGGAAACUACAGAGAUUGACUUUAUCACACUUGGAUUGAUGUUAAACUCUUGUGCUGGACUCUUAGACUCUGAAAAGGGAAAACAGAUUCAUGGAUUUGCUUAUAGGCAUCUCUUGUUCCCUGAUAUCUUCUUCAGCAAUGCCCUCCUUGAUAUGUAUACAAAAUGUGGGAAUCUUAAAAGUGCUGACCUUUGGUUCCUUCAAAUGGGUUCCAGAAGGGAUAAAGUCUCCUGGAAUUCUCUCCUUGCAGGUUAUGCUCGUCAUGGACGAAGCGAAGAAGCCUUUGAUAUUUUCAUCGAAAUGCUAAAGGAGACGGCACCUAAUGAGUUCACCUUUAGUUUGAUGCUGGCUGCUUCUGCCAAUAUUUUCAUGCUUGAACAUGGGAAGCAAAUUCAUGCUUGCUUGAUCAGGAAUGGUUUCAAUAUUGAUGUAAUAAUUAGAGGAGCAUUAGUCGACAUGUACUGUAAGUGCCGGCUUUUAGACUACGCAGUCAGAGUUUUCGAAAAGGAAAGUUCGAGGGAUGUUGUUUUGUGGAACUCGGCGAUUUUGGGAUUUGCUUAUAAUGGGAGAGGAGCUUAUAGCAUCGAGCUGUUUGAAGCCAUGCAGAGAGAUGGGAUCAGACCAGAUAACAUCACUUUUAUUGGUCUGUUGCUUGCUUGCAUUAGUGAAGGAUCUGUCAGCUUAGGCUGCAAGUAUUUUUACAUGAUGAGUGAUGAAUAUGGUGUGAUACCGCGGGUCGAACAUUAUGAGUACAUGAUCGAGCUAUUGGGCAGGCAUGGAUCGAUGGUCGAGCUCGAGGAAUUAAUCCGGAGGAUGCCAUUUGAACCAACCAUCCCAAUGUGGAGUAGAAUUUAUGAUAGCUGUAGUAAACAUGUUUACAGGAGAUUGAGGGAAGUGAAUGGAAAAUUGAUUUCAAAACCAGAUCAGAGCUCUGCCCAAUUGCGCGAAGAUGGAAAUGUGGUGUGAAUUGAUGAAGUUGCUCGAUUAUGAAUUAUGGGCCAGUCCAAGUUAUGUUUUCUCAUUGAUGAAUCAGGAUCAGCAAAUGUAGAGAUAAUUUGCAGCGCAAAACAUCCCCUGGUUGCCAAAUUGAUCAUCCAAGACGAGUGGAUCUGUGUCGUGGGAGUUCAUCAUCGUCCAGGUGAGAGGCCAAGAAGGCAAAAUCCCAACAGACCAAGAACUGCAAUGCAUCAUAGUAACAUGCAGCCAUGCAGGCAUUAUCGUCCAUAAAAGGCAACAGGUGCCCAGAAAAUUCUCCGAGGCAACUAUGUAAGAAAACUGAAGGAGCCGUCGCAAAUAUAAACGAGGCAUCAAAGAUGUUCCAAAAGCAAUUUCAGAGUCUCCCAUUUUUUUCCUUUUGGAAAUCUUCAGACGAAUAUCUUUGAGAGGAAAAGAGAAUGCACUUGCAAAUUUGAGAUAUAAUCAAAAGCAUGCAGGAGAUCCCUUAAAAAUGACUGCAAUUGUAAUGCAUUUUUCAGUUAAAAAGUGCGUGGAAGGUGCUUCAGCAAAAGAUCCAUUGGUCUUUUCUGGUUCGUCCGGGCUUGUCUAGCAGAUUAUCUAUGGAAAUUGUCUAAACAAUGGUAUUUUAAAUUUCUAUUUUUGCAAUCGAAUAUGACAUUAUGAAUAAUAUAAUAUAUGAAAAGAAAAAAAUGUUAUUCCUCAAUUGAUUGAAA